CCAUCCUCCUCCUCCCAGCCCAGGAGGGCCUCCCCGUCGCCCACCCCUUCCCCAGCCACCGCGCCCAAGCCCAACAAGAACCUCGGCAGCGCGCAGCGCCGCCGCAGCCCCCUGUCGGACCUCAACUCCGGGGACGCCUCCGCCGCGCGGGCCGGGUGCUUCCGCUUCCUCCUCUCCUCCGCCUCGGCCUCCAAGUCCAGAUGCCCCUCCACCCCCGCGUCCGGCCCGGCACGGCCCCGCCCGGAGACCACGCGGCGGGUUAACCGUCUGCCAGAUCAAGAAUCAAGAACCAGGACGGAGCAGUGGCCCAGAAGAAGGAGGGAGGAGCCGAUCAGGACGAUCAAGCCCGCCACCAAGAAGCAGAACCUGGCGAGGAGGGGCCAGCAGCAGCAGCAGCUGGAGGCCCUGACGCCGGAGAGGAAGGCGGACGCGGGGGCCACGCCGUCGUCCGCCGCGACGCCGCCGGUCCACGCGUCGAUCUCGCCCGAGGUGCUGGCCGGCGGGGCGGCCACGCCCGCGUGCUUCGCGGCCGGCCACCACGUCGUGCCGGGCGUCCGCGACCGCCGCAAGUGCCGGGCGAGGGGCAUCCUCGACAUCGCCGGGGAGGGCACGAGCACGAGCUCGGAGCUCGGCUCCGAGCCGUCCCGGGCGUCGAUCCACUGGCUCUCGUCCUCCCAGCUGGGCGAGGCCGGGACCUGUUCGACGAAUUGCUCAAAGGAGGCGUCCGCCAUCUGGCUCUCAUCUCCACGUGAUGAAGGCGCGGGGUGUCUGCUCGACGACGAGAUCUUCCUGCCCAGAUGCUCGUCGGAGGACGCGUUCUGGCGACUCUCCCCUGACUACACGGGGUUGCUGGGCUCGCCGGUGCUCGGAGGUCUACUGGAUUUUGACACGCCGGGGUCGGACUUGUCCGAAACCACACCGUCAUCGGGGUUUCUUCCUGUGGAGAAGACGCCGAGCACCGGUGACAGCAUUAGCCCCUUCUCGCUUAUUGUGAAGAGGGCAUCAUCGCAAUCCUCCAGACUGAGCUCUUUGUGUGCCCAGCAACGACUAGGAAGCUAUUGCUGCGAUUCGGCAGCGGAUCCGACGCCAAUUUCUAGAGAGUCGUGGCCUGACAAUACCAGCACUGGCAAGUGCUCGGGGUUAGCAAGGGUUAGCAGUCGCCUUGUGACGAGGAUGGAUCCGGUGGUAGAAUGCGUGGAGAUGAUGACUUUGUCCCCCAGGCCCGGGGACGCUGAUUAUGAUGGAAAUGAAGCUCUGCCUGCAACAUUGCCUCAGCUCAGCUUCCAGUUUGCCGGUGCCCCAACACCUCUGGAAUCCAUAGACCUAAGCUCUUUUAAGAGAUCUCCUUGUGAGAUAGAACUGAAGGGGAAGGAGGUGAGUUUUCGGAAGCCAGUCUCAUCGACUGAGACUCGGAUCUCUUGGCGAGAAGGGCUAGUUAGCAGAAUGUUUGAUAUGGGUGACUUGGACUGCUGCAGAUGGUUUUCUGAUGACGAAGACGGACCAGUUCUCCUGGGCAAUGCCGAGGAGUUGCCUGAUGCAUUGCCUGAUACCACAUUUCAGCAUAUUAGUGCUUCUUGUUGCCUGCAAGAGGAUGGCGAGCAAUCAGGCUUCGGCUCUGUUGAGUUCAGUAGCAAUGGUGGUGGAGAACUAAAUUAUGACAGUAAGGCUACUCCAAACCCUGUUCAAGUUGCAGAGUCCAUGAGAGCAGAAGGAUUUGAGCUCGUCUCGUCCGAUGACUCAGACUGCUGGACUCUCUUGUACAAGAAUGGCUUGUUCGAAACAUGAGGUUAGGGUUAUACCUUGUCCAGAUGUUGUGUACUAGAUUGCUAGUUAGUAUAUCAGGAGGACCAUGGCAAGCACAGGAUUUUGUGAUCUUGUAUUUUGCCCCAGCCUUGUACUUAUUUCGAGAGAUGAGUUUUUCUUUAUAUUCUUCAGUGGUACAUGUAAAGUAUGUCGGCAAAUGAAUAUUUGUUUCUAUCACUCCUGCUUUAUUUCAA